GGUUCGGGACGGGAACCGGUACGUCAGCGACGCUGUAAAGUAUACGGGAAGCCCGGGCAUAACGCAAGAACCGGUCAGGUCGAAAUAGAAUCAUCCGGGCAAAUGUAUCUAGAGUAGUUUUGACUGAUCUCAAUUAGGUGGCCUCACGCUGCUGUUCUCCGCAUCUAACUCCAUCCUGCCAUCGUCAUCCUCCUCCUCUCCUCGACAACGACCCCGCCAACCACGGCGACAACAGCAACCAGCGGCACCAUGUCCUGGUCGCAGAAGCAGUUCACCCUCCCGCCCAAGUCGCGGGGCUCGUACCUGAUCACGGACCACGUGGUGCAGUCGGUGCCGGAGAUCAAGGACUACAAGGUGGGCCUGCUGAACCUGUUCGUGCAGCACACGAGCUGCGCCCUGAGCCUGAACGAGAACUGGGACGACGACGUCCGCGCCGACAUGUCCGACGCCCUCGACCGCAUCGCCCCCGAGAGCGGCCCCAAGGGCCAGGACCUCUACCGCCACAGCGCCGAGGGCCCCGACGACAUGCCCGCGCACAUCAAGAGCGCGUUGAUCGGCGCCAGCGUCACGAUACCCAUCCAGAAUGGAAAACUGGCAACGGGAACAUGGCAGGGAAUCUGGUACCUCGAAUUCCGGGCGAGCAGGCAUUCGAGAAAGGUGGUUGCAACCAUCCAGGGUGAAAAAGCUUAAGUGACGAGCGAUAUGGGAUGUACGGGAAAUAGAGUGCAAUGAACGAAUGAAUGAGAGAUAGAACGGUAGCUCAAAAGAUCAGCGCCGGCACGAAAGGACUUAAGAUGUGGUUCUAGUCACGUUAUCAUACAUUUAUCCUAAUGGUGCUGUGAUCUACGGAGUGCGCAUCCGAGGCGGCUUGG